AUGCAUUCCAAUAAUAAAAAUACUUCACCUCGAGACCUCAACCUUCCUGACACUUCAAAGAAAAGAACUAGCAGUGCCGCUCUUACACCUCCUCACAAUAGCAAAAAUAGAUUCUCUCCACUUUUAAAUCUACAAGACACCGGUGAAACGAACAAUACCACAGAAAACGACAGUACUCAGCAACCACAGGUCAGACCUAAAAUUCCACCUAUAUAUGUUUACAAUAUUUCCGAUUACGAAAACUUUCAUACUUCUUUAGAUAAUAUAACAUUUGACAAUUUCUCCAUUGUUAACACAAAAUCUGCCCUAAAAAUUAACUUAAACUCGAUUGAUGACUAUAGAACCGCAACUAAACAUUUCGACGAGACCGAAAUUGAAUACCACACAUAUCAACUUCCUGAAAAUAAACAACUUUCGGUAGUCAUUAGAAAUCUACCUGUUAACAUAACGGAAGCUUGUAUUUACAAUGAACUUCAAGAACUCAAAUUUGAAGUCGCUUCAGUCACACGCCUUCAAAACCAGUUCAAAUCGCCAAUUCCAAUCGUAGCAGUUUUAUUAUCAAAAUCAUCAACUGAAAUAUUUUCUUUAAAUAGACUUCUACAUUGUAUAGUUAUAGUUGAACCACGUAAGCCCUCCAAGGACAUCCCACAAUGCACAAAUUGUCAAAGAUUUUCCCACACCAAAAAGUUUUGCCAUUUACCAUCAAGGUGUGUCAAAUGCGCGGGUGACCAUCACUACAGUCAAUGUCAGAAACCAACAGACGUUCCUCCAAAAUGUGUUAACUGUAAUAGUGAUCACCCAGCUAAUUAUAGAGGGUGCACUUUUUACAAAGAAAUAUCAAGAACCAAAAAUAAAAAUAAAACUAGUACAAAUCCGUCCCAUGGAAAAAAUCACACAAACACAAUACCUCACGCAAAUACUCAAAACACACAUUCAAACCAAGAUAACACUAAUAUGCAUUACACAUAUGCCUCCGCGUGCAAUAGUAAUAGUAAUAACAAUAAUUAUAGAGGCAAAUCAGCCAAAUCCACAGAUAACGAUAAUGAUUUUAUGAAAACUCUUUUACCACUAAUUAACACAUUUGUUACCCAAUUAAUGCAGAAAAUAAUACAAAACCUGCCAGUCAUCAUUAACAGCUUAAACUUAAACACCAAUGGAGCUCCAUAA